AUGAGUGUUCCUCAGCAGCAAUCACUGUUCUUCAUCUCCCUCCCAAAUUUACAAAUAUUCUGUGCCGCCAGAAUAAUAUUGAAAAGUGACUUUGCAGAUGCUGAGAUUAGGAGUAAACAGCUAAAGAUGUGCAGGCAAUUGCUGCUUUUGCACCAAGAUAUUCUUAUAUCACCUGUGCCUGGAAUAUUAAGUCAAAUUUGGGUGGUGAUGACGAUUCCAUUUUAUAAAACUGGAAAACUAAGUAUCUAUUUUGAAAAACAUGAAGCAAAGAUGGAGGUUCCACAAAGAGUAAUUCCUGUAAUACUUCAGAAUUGCCUUUCAUUUACUCUCAUGGCUAGGCUUACUCCAGCCUGGAAUAGAAUUGACAAACUCCUUGUGCAAGGGAGAGAAUUUCUUUCUCAGAUGGGCAAACAAAACGCUGUUGUAUUAGACAUUAAUGUAACAGAAACUGAAGUUUGUCUAAGUCUAGAAGCUUACAUCAUCAGAUUACCACCACCUCAGAUAGAAGACUUUGCUAUUUCUCAGGAUAUUAUAAAGGAGUUUUUUACUGAAAAGAAAGCUGUCAUUGAGGGAUAUUCGAUUUUAAACAACUGUUGUUAUGUUUUGCCAAGUAUGAAAAUGGGACAAAUAGUAAGUAUUCUUCACACCGUACCCCCCGACUGCCCUUUCCAGUUCUAUGAGGACUUCCAGAAGCACUGGAAUGACCUGUAUGGCUAUAAACUUCCAGAAGAGUGUGGGACCCCUAAAGUAUACUGCAGUGUCCAGUUCCGAAUGAUGGGGGGAAGGCCCUUAACAUAUCCUUUACUCUGCAUCCGGAGUCAGCCUGUACAGUUCUUUCCCAGAGUGAACACGGAAAGUGUGUUGGAAAGUUUUAUUUCAGAUUUACAAUCUAAACUACCUCAUAUCUGUGGGUUUCCCAUCAAGAUGACAACUAAGCCUUGCUACUACACAAAGGCACUCACUAAGUCUCACAUACAGGAAAGCAAAGUCAAGCCACCUAAUUUGACCACCAGAAGAAUGUUGGGGUUCUCUCUGAGUCAGGGCCCCUCCAUCUUGGCUCCAAGGCAUGUGCCCUGUUCAUCAGCAAAGGGCCACCAGGUGGAGCCUCCAGCGAGUCAAUCCGUACCUUGCAGGUCUGCUGCUCUGCCCACUGUGGAUCCACAGGCACCAGGGGCAGUGCCAGGACCCAGCAGAGCAAAUCCUUCAGUUCCAGACAACACACAUCUUAGUUCCCAAAGUAAUGUGGCCCCUAAAUUUGUACCAGUUUUCAAAAGUCACUUGUUACAGGCCAACAAAAGUGCUUUAGGACCUGGCAAGCAGAAGAAAAGGCAGCAGAGCACAGAAGCCCUAAGAGCCAAAGGGACUCGGGCGGAUAGGCUGAGUCUGGGUCCAGCUGUCCCAAAGAGACUGAAGGGUCAACUCGAGGCGAAAGCCAGAAACACCCAUCGCGGAGCUUCUGCACCUCCACAGCAGCAAAAGGGCCGCUGUGUAAAGAGGGCGCAGCACCUCCCUUCUUUCAGAACCAGUUCUGCUGUGAGUUUAGCUGAAGGUGAACAGCUGCCUUCAAGCUCCAGGUCAAGCCUGAGCGCAGGUCGAGAGGAUAGUGCUGCUGGCUUCCAGGUGCAAGAGAAAAGAAACGUGAUGAGCAACUACAUUGCACAGCUUUUGGGGGAAGAGCACGUGUCUUUCAAAGUCAGAAGCCGCCCCUUCAUUUUUGAGGCAGACUCAGACACGGUGGCUCCCCAGCCACAGGACUGUAAGCUUCAGGGGGCCCUGUCCCCUCCCGAGGGCCGGGACGGCAGGCCCGAUGGAAGCAGACUACUGCCCGGAACCAGUGCAAAAACUCGAGAUUUUAUCCGUUUCCACCUUGCUAGAGAUUCUUGCAGCAAGGGUCCGGGAAGGCAGAGGGAGUGGAUGGGGAGAGGUGAGGGCAAUGUGGGGAGCAUGGAGGAGGGGCCAGGGCUGAAGGUCCAGUGCUGUGGGGCGAAGUGGAAGCAGAAGGUCCCUGGGAAACUGAGCAAAGUCUGCAGAGAUGUCCCAGCCAUCCUCAGGAAGGGUUGGGUUGAUGAGGGGGGACUGGUCCGGCUGCUGGCGUACCCAGACUGGCUGGGAGAACCCAGUUCCUCGGAUUCAGGGUUGAGACUGGCCGGAACAUGGCUUCUUCUGCUCUGCCUCCUGCAGAAAAGCUUCUCGGGCAUCACUGAGCCUGGCACGUCCACCCAGCCCCAAUGGAUGCAUGGUGGACUCAGCCCUGUGUCCUUUGCAGUGGGGCAGGACACCACAAAACGUCACUCAGAAACCCAAGAAAGCGCCGAGCUGACCAGGCAUCUACAGCUUUAUUGA